GGUUCUACUGCAUAGUGUAAUGGGGCGAAGUACGGAGCGCAGUUGAGCCUCAGCCCAUGGAUAUUUGCCGCAAACAUUCCCAUUUUCUAAUCCACUCUGACUGAGUAAUUCCUCGUUAUUUUGUUCAUACUACGCGCGGCCGGCUAUCUUGAGCAACUCUGACCGCCGAGCAUAUCGCUAUUUCGCGCAUCGUCUCCGCACCGUUGUCAUCCCAGUCUACGACCUCAACGGCAAGUCUUAGUUAGCCCUACAAAUCCGGUUCCCACAAGAGAAGUGUUGUUACGGUUGGCGCAAAUUUACUGAGAGACACUGGAAUUGAGACCACAAGCAAUCGCACAGUUGAUUCCUCGAUGGAAGACAAUGCUGAAAAAGGUUCAGCGCCAGCGAACCUCGGCCAAGAUCUUUCGGAUGCUUUUGCAAGCAAGUCUAGUGUAUCUGCCAAUAAUGCAACCGCGACUUUGGCAUCGGCAUCAGCGGGGACCUUGCGAGAGGAAGACAUCAUCCCUCGCAAAGAAGACACCCCCGCAUUGGCAAUGUCGGAUUCGGGAACGGGGAUUUUCCAGAGGGUCUCCAAAUUCAUGUCAAGUGUGCAGCCGUAUCAAUUCAUCCUGCCUCCCGAUCUACGAAAAGAAAUGAACGAUCUCAAAGGAAAAGUCGACAAAAGGUAUCCUAAGGACACAAACUCCAAUCUCUGGACUUGUGAUAUCGAAGUGCUCACCAUGGAUGACUGGAAGCAAGGCAUCCGUGGGUCGGAGAAGAGGCCCAUUCCGGUGUUGCAGGUCUAUUACCAAAGGCUAAGCCGAGCAAUGCCACUGGAGGCUUUGACGGGAGACUCUUCACAGGCACCACGGGAUAUGGCUCUUGACAUGAUCAGAGACCAAAAGAACCUGCAGAGGAUCCUUAUCAAUUCAGACAUUUUGCAUGCGGAGCUGGAGUUCAUCACAUCGACCACAAUUUCCUCCCCAGUUAUCAUUAUCCCCCCUUAUGAAAUCUUGUUGCAAUACCUGCCACUCUUUGAAACGAGGUUGGUCGAGCUUCGAGACGAGCUAGCCGAAAUGACUCUUAACACCAACAAUAACGAUCAAGUCAAUGGUACUACAAGAACUCCAGACAUGGAUAUCGAUGAACCCAUCCAGCGGGACAGUAACUCUGAGCCAAAAGAAGUCGCCAAAAAGGUUGAUUUCCACAUCAAAGAGAACCAGCCGAAGAGUGGUGGUGGUGAAGCUGAGGGCCGUGACGCUCAGUCGAAUCCUAGUCACACUGACUUGCAGGCAAAACUCUCGCAGCUCGAGAUGCGGAUUUCUCACCUGGGGUGCCUUGUUGAUUUUGUCAACGAAAACCUCGCAGGGCUUAUUGAGCUCAGAGACGAUGUGAAGAGCGGAAAGUUGGAGAAAAUCACUUUCGGCGAUCUAUGGCACUUGUUCAAACCUGGCGAUCUUGUUCUGUCAAAUCGGCGAGGUCGAGAACAGUUGCACAGAGUGCACUUUGUUACUGGUGGUCGACUGAUGUCACGUACCCUGUCCAACAACGGCUGGCGCGCAGAAAUCCCUGUCGAUACGUGGACAGAAUUCAAGGUAGAUACCUACAUGAUGGCAUUUGAUGGUGACCAAGUCGGACCUGUAGGGGAAUCCUGGGGAAUCAACCAUUACCUGGGCGAACGGCUGGUCACAGGGCUUCCGAUAUAUCCAGCUCAGCUCCACCCGAACCCCGAAAGCCUACUCGCUCGGAUGGAUGCACGGGGGCGCAAAUUCAUGAAGUCCAUCGGUCACAAACAUUAUGAAGGAUUGGGUGAGAAGCAAACUCGGGGCCGGACUCGGAAGCAACUUCUACGUAUCGUCGAAGACGACGAUAGCUCCGACGAUGACGACAUGAAACCCGGGAAGACAAGUCAGGAGUACAUUACCAGUGAAGUGUUUGUUGACUUCAAGGCAUAUCGAGAGGUCGAUAAAUAUUACACCUUUAAUCUCGGCAAACUGGUCAGAAGCAAGGUUUUCGACCAGGGUGCGGUCAACAGGUAUCCGCCAGGCUCGGCUAUGCAUUCGAACGAGGACAUAUUUUCCGGCCCUGAGAUCGACACAAAGCUCGGCGAGGACUAUAUGACGCAAAGCAGAGGCUUCUUGGAACCCUUUAAGUUUACUGAUGCUGAGUUGAGUGCAGAGUACUAUCAGAUAUUACCAUCAGAGGUGCCUGGAUACACGUUUAGGUAUCGAAUGUGGUACAUGCUCGACGUUGAUAAUCUCCAGGACAUUGAUUUCAUCCGAAAUUCAGGGUUUGAUGACCUUGUCAUCCCAGAGCGCCACAGAAGUCUUCUAGUUGCACUGGUUGACAAUCACACCUCGGGGUUUCAACGGCGACAGGAACGGUUGAAGAAACGCAUGAAAGUGCCGGACAACGCCCAAAUAGACCUUGUCCCAGGGAAAGGGCAAGGCCUCAUCAUUCUCCUACACGGACCCCCAGGCUCUGGCAAAACAAGUACCGCAGAGACCAUAGCGUCGUAUACACAACGUCCCUUGUACGCAAUCACUUGCGGCGAUCUGGGAUUGGAUCCGGAGUCUGUCGAAACUCGGCUUAGCAAUCAUGCAGCAAGAGCAGAGAAAUGGGGAUGUGUACUGCUUUUAGAUGAAGCUGAUGUGUUUCUUGUGUCACGAACUCACAGAGAGUUGAAGCGCAAUGCUCUAGUCUCGGUGUUUCUCAGACAGUUAGAGUACUACUCUGGAAUCCUAUUUCUCACGACCAACCGUCCUGGCACCCUCGACGAGGCCUUCAAAUCGCGUAUCCACGUAUCUUUGCGAUAUGCUGAACUGGAUUUGGAUUCCACAAAGAAAAUGUGGAACAACAUCCUGAAUCGCCUAGAGUUGGAAAAUAAGACGGCCGAAAUUAAAGUCAAAUUCAAUCGCCAGAAUCUCCUUGACUUUGCCGAGCAGCACUUCAAGAAACGUCAGAAGGAUGGCAAGACUUGGAAUGGCCGGCAAGUACGUAACGCCUUCCAGACGGCCUUGGCUCUGAGCCAAUUCGACAGGCGGGAAGAUAUCAAAGCCAGUGGCCAGACACUCGAUGAAGCCGCGAAGUCGGGAAAGAAAAAAUGGAUGACAGUGAAGCUGACAAAAGCGAACUUUCAAAACAUUGCGAGGACUAUGCACGAGUUUGAAGACUACAUUGUGAAGCUUCGCGGGAAGGACAGCGAUACCGCUCGCGAGGGUGAGGUCCGAGAUGACUCUUACGACCCGGAUCCAAAUGCACAGCCGGCGAGGAAGAAUUAUGCAGCGACUCUACCAGCCAAGAGACUGAGCUUCGAGCUGCCGAGCCAGUAUCGGGCUGAUCGAGCCUAUCCGAACAGAACCAGGAAACGGCAAACGCCCAAUCAUGACAGAUAUGGGGACGAGGAGGAUGAAGAUGAGGAUGAGGAUGAAUCAGAUGAAGACGAGGAUGAAGACGAAGAUGAGGAUGAGGACACAGAGGUUUAGUGGCAAAUGAGCGGAUGGAAUGCACAGGAACAAGUGUGCGAGAUAUAACAAAACACAAUUGCAUAAAAAAAAAUACGUUGUUACUGCAGGUGCUUUGUAAUUAGGUCGAAAUUUAUUGGAUGCGUUUUAAUUAUAUUUUUUAUGUGUAACAAAAAUCGACUGUAGAUAUGGGGGAGAAGUUCUGCACUUCACAUCUGGCCUGGCGAGGGAGAAGCAGGCGGUGGUGUGACACUAUCUUGAUGCAAACAUUCUAUAUUAAUAUUUUC